AUGCACUCCUUGGACGAGCCGCUUGACCUGAAGCUGAGCAUCACCAAGCUCCGGGCGGCGAGAGAAAAGCGGGAGAGGACGCUGAGCGUGGUCCGGCACCGAGCUCUGCACAGGGAGCUUGGCCUGGUGGAUGACAGCCCCGCUCCAUGCUCCCCGGGCUCCCCGCCCUCAGGCUUCCUACUGAACCCCAAGUUCCCUGAGAAGGUGGAGGGACGCUUUUCAGCGGCCCCGCUGGUAGACCUCAGCUUGUCACCAUCAUCGGGAUUGGACUCUCCCAAUGGCAGCAGCUCGCUGUCCCCCGAGCGCCAAGGCAACGGUGACCUGCCCACAGUCCCUACCGCCCCGGAUUUCCAGCCGCUGCGCUACCUGGACAGUGUCCCCAGCUCCUUCCAGUUCUUCCUGCCUCUGGGCUCGGGGGGAGCCCUGCAUCUGCCUGCUUCCUCCUUCCUCACCCCCCCAAAGGACAAGUGCCUCUCACCGGAGCUACCCCUACACAAGCAGCUGGUUUGUCGUUGGGCCAAGUGUAACCAGCUCUUCGAGCUCCUGCAAGAUUUGGUGGACCAUGUUAACGAUUACCACGUCAAGCCAGAGAAGGAUGCGGGGUACUGCUGCCACUGGGAAGGCUGUGCCCGUCACGGCCGAGGCUUCAAUGCCAGGUACAAGAUGCUCAUCCAUAUCCGCACACACACCAACGAGAAGCCGCACCGCUGCCCCACCUGUAGCAAGAGCUUCUCCCGCCUGGAGAACCUGAAAAUCCACAACCGGUCACACACAGGUGAGAAACCCUACGUCUGCCCGUAUGAGGGCUGCAACAAGCGCUACUCCAACUCAAGUGACCGCUUCAAGCACACUCGCACCCACUACGUGGACAAGCCUUACUACUGCAAGAUGCCCGGCUGCCACAAGCGCUACACGGACCCCAGCUCGCUGCGCAAGCACAUCAAGGCCCACGGCCACUUCGUGUCCCAUGAGCAGCAGGAGCUCCUACAACUGCGCCCGCCCCCCAAACCACCACUGCCUGCCCCCGACGGCAGCCCCUAUGUCAGUGGGGCCCAGAUCAUCAUCCCCAACCCCGCUGCCCUCUUUGGAGGCCCUGGCCUGCCCGGCCUGCCCUUGCCCCUGGGCCCCGGCCCCCUUGACCUCAGUGCUCUGGCCUGUGGCAAUGGUGGGGGUGGGGGGAGUGGGGCGGGCAUGGGCCAUGACCUGCCAGGCCCUGUCCUACCCCUCAAUCUGGCCAAGAACCCUCUGAUGCCCUCACCCUUUGGGGUUGGUGGACUAGGCCUGCCUAUGGUCUCCCUCCUGGCUGGCUCCACGGGUGGCAAGGCCGAGGGGGAGAAGGGGCGUGGGGCAGUGCCAGUCAGGGCCCUUGGUCUGGAGGGCCGUAAGACCCCCCUGGAGAGGACUGAGAGUGGCCGCUCCCGGCCCAGCCCGGAAGGACUCCCCCUGCUGCCCGGCACCGUGCUCGACCUGUCCACGGGCGUCAAUUCGGCGGCCAGCAGCCCAGAGGCCCUGACCCCUGGCUGGGUGGUCAUCCCGCCUGGCUCUGUGCUGCUCAAACCGGCUGUGGUGAAUUGA